CUGAAUUAUUUUACAUUCUCUCAGUUGCGACAGGAUGCCUUACAAAGAAGAGACGGAGUCUGGGCAAAAUUCGGGAGGAAACAAACAAAUAAUGAAUGAAUCCAGCAACCACAGAAAGAAUAACCAGAGAAGAACCCCCGAGUUUGCAACAAGCCAAAGAGUGAAUCUAAGAACUACACAAAAAAAAAGCCAAAAAAUCAGAACAGACCCCCCAUCCCUCAAGUAUAUAAACCCAAACACCAACCUAACGCUUUUAGGAAAUACAGCAAGGUUGCUGGCGAAGAAGUCACAAUACUUGUGGACCGACCAGUCUGCAAACAUGAACCAGGUACACGUGCGCCCGUGGUUUGGAGGUGUAAGUAGACUUUGGAUGAGUGUCUAGUUGUUGAGUGUCUGUCUAUGUUGUGAAAGGGAUAGUCUGCAAAUCUUGACAACAGUAAGCCAAUCGUCGACAACACAUUUGAGCAUGACAACAAAUUUUCUAUCUUUCAACGGCAAACGGGAAAGCGAGAGUGAAUGAAUGUCCCUUCACAAGAACACCACUAACCACGGGUGCAUUGUGGGUAAAGGCUAGAAAUCUAGUUAUUGUUCUGAAGAACGGGCUUGUUGUCAGACUUUGUGGGAGUUAGGUGUACUGUUCUACAACCUCACUUUUUGA